CCCAUCUGCCAUUUUGGUUUUGUUCCCGUCUGCAGUCGCAAAGCCAGCAACGCAAUUACAUAGAAGAGACUCAGUACAACGACAUAGUGACUCGACAAUAUAGUGUAGACCCUCCUAAUCCUGCAUCGCGUUUCUUUUCUUUGUACAAAUCGUCGAAUUUAGUGCCGUCUUUAAUUCUGACAUCUAGAGACUGCAGGAGCGGAGCGGGUUCGCAUCGGGAAGGGACCGAGAAGGAUUAUUGAUGUCCAGCUCGCCGCUGUCCAAGAAGCGUCGCUUGUCAGGAACAGAGACGAAGACGGGAUCACACUGCUCCUCCUCUAACUCUGUCAGAACUGAUCUGUCCCACACACCUGCCAACGGCAUGGCUAAGAAUGGCAAUGAUGCUGAGAUUGAUGAAGGCCUGUACUCCAGACAACUUUACGUGUUGGGCCAUGAUGCUAUGAAGCGCAUGCAAAACUCCAAUGUUCUCAUCUCUGGAAUGAGAGGUCUUGGAGUGGAGAUAGCCAAGAACGUCAUCCUUGGAGGAGUGAGAAGUGUCACUGUUCACGAUCAAGGAGUUGCUGAAUGGAGAGACCUCUCCUCUCAGUUUUACCUCCGGGAAGAGGACCUGGGAAAAAACAGAGCUGAGGUGAGUCAGACACGUUUGGCUGAACUCAACAACUACGUUCCUGUGACCGCCUACACCGGAGAACUCACUGAAGACUACAUGACAAAGUUCCAGGUGGUAGUGCUCACUAACUCCACUCUGGAUGAGCAGCAGCAUGUGGGAGAGUUUUGCCACAGCAAAGGAAUCAAGCUGAUCGUUGCAGACACGCGUGGUUUGUUUGGCCAGCUUUUCUGUGACUUUGGUGAGGAGAUGAUCGUGUAUGACACCAAUGGAGAGCAGCCGUUGAGUGCCAUGAUUUCUAUGAUUACAAAGGACAAUCCAGGGGUUGUGACGUGUCUGGAUGAGGCUCGUCAUGGCUUUGAGAGCGGAGACUUUGUCACGUUCACAGAGAUUCAGGGUAUGACAGAGCUCAACGGCUGCCAGCCAGUGGAAAUCAAAGUUCUGGGUCCGUACACAUUCAGCAUCUGUGACACAGCUGGCUUUACAGAUUAUGUUAGAGGAGGAAUUGUCUCCCAGGUCAAGAUGCCCAAGAAAGUUUCUUUUAAAUCAAUCUCUUCUUCCAUGGCUGAGCCAGAGUUCAUAAUGACAGACUUUGCAAAGUUCGAUCGUCCAGCGCAGCUGCAUGUGGGCUUCCAGGCUAUCCAUGCCUUCCAGAAGAAACACAACCACCUUCCUGCACCUUGGAGCCAGGCUGAUGCUGAUGAAUUUUUGGCACUGGUCAAAGAGCUGAACUCUGCCCUGAUGGGUUCAGCCAAGGUGGAGCAGCUGGAUGAAACUCUCAUCAAAAAACUGUCGUAUGUUGCUGCUGGUGACCUUGCCCCUGUCAACGCCUUCAUUGGGGGUCUGGCUGCACAGGAAGUGAUGAAGGCAUGCACAGGAAAAUUUAUGCCCAUAAUGCAGUGGCUAUAUUUUGAUGCCCUGGAGUGCCUGGCUGAGGAGGAAGGAGUCAUGCUAACGGAGGAAGAGUGUGCCCCUAGGAACAGCAGAUAUGAUGGGCAGAUUGCAGUGUUUGGCACCAAGAUGCAAGAUAUGCUUGCCAAGCAGCGCUACUUCCUGGUGGGAGCUGGUGCCAUUGGCUGUGAGCUCUUGAAAAACUUUGCCAUGAUUGGUCUGGCAAGUGGUGAAGGUGAGGUCAUUGUGACAGAUAUGGACACCAUUGAGAAGUCAAACCUCAACAGACAGUUCCUCUUCAGACCCUCAGAUGUUACGAAAAUGAAGAGUGACACAGCUGCUGCUGCAGUGAAGCAGAUGAACCCUUCCAUCAGGAUCACUGGUCACCAGAACAGGGUGGGCCCUGACACAGAGCGGAUCUACGACGAUGACUUCUUUGAAAGCCUUGACGGAGUGGCCAAUGCACUGGACAAUGUUGAUGCACGUAUGUACAUGGAUCGGAGGUGUGUGUACUACCGCAAACCCUUAUUGGAGUCUGGUACUCUGGGCACAAAAGGCAACGUCCAGGUCGUAAUUCCCUUCCUCACAGAGUCAUACAGCUCCAGCCAAGACCCACCUGAGAAGUCCAUUCCCAUCUGCACACUCAAGAACUUCCCAAAUGCCAUUGAACAUACACUGCAGUGGGCCCGUGACGAGUUUGAGGGACUAUUCAAACAGCCAGCAGAGAACGCCUUGCAGUACCUCACAGAUAUGAAGUUCAUUGAGCGCACUAUGAAGCUUCCUGGAGCGCAGCCCGUGGAGGUGCUGGAGGCCGUUUACAAGAGUCUUGUCACAGACUGCCCCCACAGCUGGGCUGACUGUGUUAGCUGGGCACGUAACCACUGGCAGGUCCAGUACAGCAACAACAUCUGCCAGCUUCUGCACAACUUCCCCCCAGAUCAGCUGACCAGCUCUGGUGCCCCCUUCUGGUCAGGCCCAAAGAGGUGUCCUCACCCCCUAGAAUUCAGCACUAGCAACGAGCUGCACAUGGAUUAUGUAAUGGCAGCAGCCAACCUGUACGCUCAGGCUUAUGGUAUACAAGGCAGCACUGAUCGUGCAGCUGUGAUCAAGAUCUUACAGGAGGUCAAGGUGCCAGUAUUUGUCCCUCGUUCAGGCGUUAAAAUCCACGUUUCUGACCAGGAACUGCAGAAUAGCAAUUCCUCUGUUGAUGACUCCAGAGUGGAGGAGCUGAGGGCCCAGCUGCCUCCUCCUGAGUCUUCCCAGUUCAAACUCCAUCCCAUCGACUUUGAGAAGGAUGAUGACACCAACUUCCAUAUGGAUUUCAUCGUAGCAGCAUCCAACCUGAGGGCAGAGAACUACGACAUUCCCCCCACAGACAGACACAAGAGCAAACUGAUAGCUGGCAAGAUCAUUCCUGCCAUUGCCACUACCACAGCAGCUGUGGUGGGUCUGGUGUGCCUGGAGCUCUUCAAGAUUGUCCAAGGACACAAGAAGCUGGAGACAUACAAGAACGGCUUCAUGAACCUGGCCCUGCCUUUCUUUGCCUUCUCAGAGCCCAUCGCUGCUCCCAGACACAAGUACUAUGAGAUUGAUUGGUCAUUGUGGGAUCGCUUUGAGGUCACAGGAGCACAGCCUAAUGGAGAGGAGAUGACACUUCGACAAUUCCUGGACUACUUUAAAAACGAGCAUAAGUUGGAGAUCACCAUGCUUUCUCAGGGAGUGUCCAUGCUCUAUUCAUUCUUCAUGCCUGCUGCCAAACUCAAAGAGAGACUGGACUUGCCGAUGACAGAGAUUGUGACUAAAGUGUCCAAAAAGAAGCUGGGCAAGCAUGUGAAAGCGCUGGUGUUUGAGCUCUGCUGUAACGACCUGUCAGACGAAGACGUGGAAGUGCCCUAUGUCAGAUACACCAUCCGUUGAGCCCCACGUUGAACCCGCCCACUGGAGGGUGGGGAAUGGCAGGGGGGAGGCAUGGGGUGGGGUGUCAGGGAGUUGAGGUGGAGGAUUUUUGGGGUGGGUGAGUUGAUCCAGGUCAGCUCGACUGGGUCAAUCAGUUUUUUUUAAGGCCUGUGGUUUGUGUAAACCUGUGCCUGAGUGUACAUAGCCCCCGUAAGCUGAUUUAAGGAUACCUGUAUGUGUGUUAGGGAUCCGGUUGGAGCUCGGCUAUGGGAACAGGGGUGUCGCUGGAGGAAGGGAGCACGUAUACUGGACCUCCUGAUGUUUCUCAGUAGCAGACCCUCUCCACUGAGUUCAUACAAAGCCUUAGUGUUUUAUUUGCACUCCCUCUGAAACAUCCUCACUCUCUUACUUAGCCUUGAGCACUAAAGAAGAGACCUUUUAAAUCCAGUUUGUCGCCUUUCCUCUCUACUUGCUCCCUCCCCUCCUUUGACUCCUGUCCUGUAGAUCCGAUCCCACUUCACUGUUUUUUUUUUAAUUAUUAUUAUUUCAAAGAUGCACCUCAUUUAAAAAAAAAAAAAAUCAGCCAAGAAUCCAUUGCGCCCACCCACCCAGGGCAUAUCACCGCCCUUUACUCUGAGACUCCAAAUUUAAAAGCUGAGAAGCACCUGAAGACUUAACCAAGCCUGAGUUGACAUACUCUCCUGAUUGGUCAAUAAUUCAAGCAUCUCACACCGGCAGAUUAGGAGAUGUUGUCGGUUUAAGGCACCUAUACACCCACCUCAUCCAGCACAGCGGUAUGGAGGGGCUCUUGCACAUGACAUCUCUUUAUUCUCCUCACAUUUUAAGUGUUAUGUUGAUUUCUAUUUUCUUUUGGAGGGUGGGGGGUGGUGACUGUGGUUUUGGUGCACAAACCUUCUAGAUCGUCUUCUUUCUACUUUGUUAACUCCAGAUGACAUUACAGUAUAAAAAUGAGGCAAUGAGAUGUAUCUUGAAAUGGGAGCACUUAGUGUGAUAGUGAAUAAACAUGUAAAAACCUA